UGGCCACCACCACCAGGCGCACGCUGAUGAUGAUGAUGAUGAUCAUUGUGCUUGGAAUGGCGACGGCCACCACAGCAAGCACCAGCCGCGGUAUGCCCAGCUGGGUGAUGCCGGAAGACGGACCUCUGCUCCUGACGGCGUCCCCACCGGUGGAUGCUGUGGUUGCCAAAGAUGGUAGCGGGGAUCAUGACACCAUCAGUGCGGCUGUGGCGGCAGCACCGCCAGGGGAGGCUAGGUACAUCAUCUACAUCAAGGAAGGAUUGUACCAGGAGAAGGUUGAAGUGCUCCACCGGAGCAAUGUGAUGCUCAUCGGAGAUGGCGCUGCUCGAACAGUGAUUACCGGCAACGAAAGCAAUCGAACUCUAGGCACCCCAUGCACGGCCACAGUCAGCGCACAACGGGAAGGCAUCAUCAUUCGAGACGUGACCAUACAGAACACAGCGGGGCCGGAGGCAAAACAAGCCGUGGCCCUUCUGUCCAACUCCAACAAAUCCGUAUUUUACCGCUGCCAGAUCCUGGGUUUCCAGGACACCUUGCUAGCCGAGAACUUUCUGCAAUUUUACAAGGAAUGUGAAAUCGCGGGGACGGUGGACUUCAUCUGGGGGGCUGCAACCGCAGUGUUCCAAGAUUGUGCCCUUCUCGCGCGCCGCCCGGGCAUCAUGCAGCAGAAUGUGUUGACUGGCCAGGGACGCAACGGAGCCGACAGUGCCUCGGGGUUCACGUUUCAGGGAUGCAACGUGACGACGCGCGAGGACCUCCGCGGCGUCGAGACGUAUCUCGGGCGCCCAUGGCAGCCGUAUGCCCGGGUAAUCUUCAUCCACUGCUACAUGGACGCCAUAGUGCACCCCUUAGGGUGGUUGUCCUGGGACAAUAAGAAGAUUAACGUCACUACUACCACGCGCACUGUCUUCUUCGCUGAGUUCGAGAACCAGGGUCCUGGAGCCGACGUGCGCGGGCGCGUCAACUGGGCUGGCUUCCACAACAUAAAAAAGGCGUCCAAGGCGGCCAAGUUUACUGUGAACAACUUCAUCGAUGGCCGCGCCUGGCUGCCGGAGACCGGCGUCCCGUACAAGGGGGGGGCUCUGAUGAUAUAUAUAAGUCCCCUAAAUCCUGUUAUGUAUGUGCUCUCUAUCCUAGCAAUCGGAGUACGUACGAUUUAUAGAUCGAUCGGGUCAAGAGAUCCACCCGCGAUCCUAUCCUACCGUAUGUAUACCAGGAUCAUGAGGACGCGUGACGUCCUGCUGUGUGUGGAAGGAGAACCACCAUAUAUAUAUAUAUAUAUAUAUAUAUAUAUAUAUAUAUAUAUAUAUAUUCUAAGUGUGGGUGUGUCUCUCUGAUCCUCAACACAUACGGAUCCUGUAAUAAUAUAUUUGCGC